AUGACCCAGUUCUUGAACAUGUUUCCGAUCUCCCAGAAGAUUGAUGACAAAAAUCAACGAGUCGAGAGUACCAAAAAUAAGUCUAGGCCAUAUAAAGAAGUGUCUAGGCCAUAUAAAGAUGUGUCUAGGCCAUAUAAAGAAGUGUCUAGGCCAUAUAAAGAUGUGUCUAGGCCAUAUAAAGAUGGGUCUAGGCCAUAUAAAGAUGGGUCUAGGCCAUAUAAAGAUGGGUCUAGGCCAUAUAAAGAAGUGUCUAGGCCAUAUAAAGAAGUGUCUAGGCCAUAUAAAGAUGGGUCUAGGCCAUAUAAAGAUGGGUCUAGGCCAUAUAAAGAAGUGUCUAGGCCAUAUAAAGAAGUGUCUAGGCCAUAUAAAGAUGGGUCUAGGCCAUAUAAAGAAGUGUCUAGGCCAUAUAAAGAAGUGUCUAGGCCAUAUAAAGAAGUGUCUAGGCCAUAUAAAGAUGGGUCUAGGCCAUAUAAAGAUGGGUCUAGGCCAUAUAAAGAAGUAUCUAGGCCAUAUAAAGAAGUGUCUAGGCCAUAUAAAGAUGUGUCUAGGCCAUAUAAAGAAGUGUCUAGGCCAUAUAAAGAUGGGUCUAGGCCAUAUAAAGAUGGGUCUAGGCCAUAUAAAGAUGGGUCUAGGCCAUAUAAAGAUGGGUCUAGGCCAUAUAAAGAUGGGUCUAGGCCAUAUAAAGAAGUGUCUAGGCCAUAUAAAGAUGGGUCUAGGCCAUAUAAAGAUGUGUCUAGGCCAUAUAAAGAUGGGUCUAGGCCAUAUAAAGAUGGGUCUAGGCCAUAUAAAGAAGUGUCUAGGCCAUAUAAAGAUGGGUCUAGGCCAUAUAAAGAUGGAUCUAGGCCAUAUAAAGAUGGGUCUAGGCCAUAUAAAGAUGUGUCUAGGCCAUAUAAAGAUGUGUCUAGGCCAUAUGAAGAUGUGUCUAGGCCAUAUAAAGAUGUGUCUAGGCCAUAUAAAGAUGGGUCUAGGCCAUAUAAAGAUGUGUCUAGGCCAUAUAAAGAUGUGUCUAGGCCAUAUAAAGAUGUGUCUAGGCCAUAUCGAUUUUAUUCGUGA